AUGUCGUCGGUCAAGGCAACCAAGAAGAGCGCCUUCUCGUGCGAGCCCUGCCGCCGGCGCAAGGUCAAAUGCGGCGGGGAGCAGCCUGUCUGCCACCGCUGUGCCGCCCGCAACGACGACUGUGUAUACAAGCUGAACCCGACACUGUCGUACACCCAGCGCCUCGAGGAACGAAUCAAGGAGCUCGAGGACCAGCUCGCCAGCGUCGCCAAAUCCCCCGCGUCCGCCGCCGCCUCGUCGCACUCGAGCCCCCCCGUCGGCACCGCCCACGACGCGUCGGCUUCGGCCCGCGGCCUCGACGAACACGGCGUCACGCGCGGUUUUCGCGGCCUCAAGAUUGAUGACAGAGGCGGCAUCACCUAUCAUGGCACUACCAGCUUCUUCAAUCUGCCCAGCGAUCGAUUGCCGGUCGGCUCCGAUUACAUGGCCACCAAUGACUCCAAUAUUCAGCGAAGGGAGCGGCUGGUCAACAAUGCCUGGCACCAGCGAGCGCUGGAGAACUUGUCCGAUAUUCCUGAACCAUUCCAAUAUCUGCUAAAUGUCCAUUGGUGUUGGAUCAACCCACUCUUCGGCUUCCUCUACAGGCCAGCAUUCACCCGUGAUAUGCAGUCUCUCGGACCCUACUACUCGCAUACCCUCCUGAACGCCGUCAUUUCGCACUCUAUACGGUGGGGCCAAAACGACCCGGCAACGAAGCGGCUCUUGGACGAGUCGUACGACGGAGGCGCUGUGUUUGCCAAACACGCACGCACUAUGGUGUUUGACGAACUCAGCCGCGGCGUUUGCACCAUCCCCACCAUACAGACGCUGCUGUUGCUCAGUGCCCAGGAGUGCAGCCUCGGCAACACAACGCAAGCUUGGACGUACAGCGGCAUCGCCUUCCGACUCAUCGAUCAUCUAGGAAUUUGUGUCGACGCACAACGCUACCCGGGCUCACUCCCCUUGUCCGACGAAGACCUCGAGAUCCGGCACCGCAUAUUCUGGAGCUGCUACUUCUGGGACAAGCUCAUCAGUCUGUACCUCGGGCGUUCACCGUCCAUCCAACAGACGAGCAUAUCUCCGCCCCAGAUAGUGUUCGAUGACUCGGCCGAAGAAGACAUUUGGGUGCCCUUUGGCGCACAGCAAGUCGGCGUCACAUGGAAGUACCCCCCCACCACAGCCCACUCGGCCUCUUGCUUCAUGAGCAUGUGUCGCCUGUCGGUCAUCUUCAACGAGAUCCUCAUCCACAUGUACGAUCCUCUGUCCCAAAACACCGACGCAGAGGUGCAGGAGUGUCUCCGCACCCAGGAACCCGCCUUUCAGGAAUGGUGGAAUCAGUUGGCUCCUCACCUGAAGCUCGAUCCGCUCGCGCUGCCAGCCAUGGCGCCGCCGUCCCACAUCGUCACAAUGAACUGUCUCUAUCAUACGUUCAAGAUAUUGCUGUACCGACCGAUGCUCACAGGCAGGGGAAGAGGCGCAGAGGAGGGCAGCGCCCAGAUCAAAGGCUACCUGGUGGAAUGCGUUACGUCGGCGACGGCCAUCAUCACAAUCUUCGAUCUCUUCUGUCGGACGUUUACGAUGAACUACUGCGUUCUCUCGCUUGCGUAUAGCGUUUACAUCGCUGCCUCCAUCUUCUUGCUUCAGGUCCAAGCGACUUCUGACACGCAGCAGGCGAUGCGGAAACUCAACUACUGCAUCCAGUGCCUCGACCAGGUCAAAAACUUUAGCCCAGUGAUCAACAGCGCCCUGAAUCUCCUGACCAGAGAGCUUGCGGCCAUUGGCAUGGGUUUGGAUAUGCCCUCGCCUCGCCAAUCAGAGCCAUACCCAGCAUCGCGUCCCGAGAUGUCCAUGCCGGGAUCAGUUUACCCCCAGGCAGAUGAGCCCCGUCAGAUGCCACCCCCUUCGCAUCCGCUGUUCCAACCAACAUUGAACCAUAGCUUUGGACCCGAGUCCAUGGCGAUGCACCCAAGCGUUUUCGAGACCAUGUCUACGUUGGAACCCUUGAGUGUCAGGGUGGCGGCCAUCCACGAGUCGGAGAACCAGUCGUCUUAUGGUUGA